UUCUGUGUCUUCACUUACGCAUACAAACAAACCAGUUCUUGUGAUUAUUUCAGCGUGCUAACGAUUAUCAGACGAAGCUAACUUUUCUAAACUGCAUAAUAGGCCGGACUGUCUCCUGUACCAGCGAUUAUGUUCCGACCUUGGUUUUGAAAAUAACACAGAAAUCCUCGACAUGAAUUUCUCAGAAGUCUUCAAGCAAUCCAACCAACUUUGUAAAGUUUCUCCAGAUGGGAAAUACUUAGCUACCUGCGUGCAGUACAGAUUGGUGGUACGGGACGUGAGCACACUGCAGAUCCUGAACCUCUACACCUGCCUGGACCAGAUAUCUCACAUGGAAUGGUCAUCUGACUCUCAGUUCAUCUUGUGUGCUAUGUACAAGAGAGGACUGGUGCAGGUGUGGUCGUUGGAACAGCCCGACUGGCACUGUAAAAUUGACGAGGGCUCGAUUGGACUGGUCGCUUCUCGCUGGAGUCCAGAUGGACGUCACAUUCUCAACACCACCGAAUUCCAUCUGAGAAUCACCGUGUGGUCUCUGUGCACCAAAGCAGUGUCUUACAUCAAGAAUCCCAAAGCUUGUCAGAAGGGUAUUGAUUUCAGCAGAGAUGGCUGUUACAUGGCCUUUGCGGAACGUCGUGACUGCAAAGAUUACGUUUGUGUGUUUGUGUGCGAUGAUUGGCACUUGCUCAGGCAUUUUGAGACUGAGACGCAGGACCUUGUGGGGUUAGAGUGGUCUCCCAAUGGCUGCGUUCUGGCUGUUUGGGACAGUUGUCUGGAGUACAAAGUGUUGCUGUAUUCUCUGGAUGGCCGCUUGCUGUUCACCUACAGCGCCUACGAGUGGUCGUUGGGUGUCAAGAGUGUGGCCUGGAGCCCCAGCAGUCAGUUCCUGGCCAUUGGCAGCUAUGACGAAAAAGUACGCAUUCUUAACCACAUCACAUGGAAGAAGAUUGCACAGUUUGAACACCCAGCAGUCAUCACCACCACUAAAGUUGUUGUGUAUAAGGAGGUGGAGAAAAGGUCAGGCGCUGGCAAUGAAGAACUCUCUCUACACAACCUAACAAUGGACUCGACCCUCUUUGGCAAUCAAAGCAAAUAUGAGAUUCUCCCAUCUCCAGUUCAAAUGCCUGUGGUCAGACCAGACCCAGACAGACCAAACCCCAAGAUUGGUGUCUCUACUUUGGCCUUCAGCUCAGACAGUCGCUACUUAGCCACCAAAAAUGAUAACAUGGCCAGUGUUAUCUGGGUGUGGGACAUGCAGAAGAUGAGCCUUGAGGCUGUGCUUGAGCAGAUGUCGGCUGUGCGCUGUUUCCAGUGGGACCCAAGACGCCCGCGGCUGGCGAUAUGCACCGGCAACACAAACAUUUAUCUGUGGACCCCAACAGGAUGCGUUUCUGUUCAAGUUCCCAGUGACGACGGUGGUUUCCAGGUCCACUCGUUGAUGUGGCACUGCCAUGGGGAUCCUCUCAUCCUGCUUGGGAAGGACCAGCUGUGUUUGUGCUACAUCAACACUGGCAAUGAGGACAAGUGAUGCAAGCAGGCACAGAACUGAAAUUCAGUUCCAGCAUGUGUUAACAUAAAAUCUAGUCCAAUGAACGGAUGGGGAAGAACUCAGCACUCUGCUCCACAAGCGCAAUAUACUUGAAGUUUGUUAUACUGAAUGUUUUGGAAAACUUGACAUUCCUCUUUUGGAUAAAUAAAAACAAAAACACAGUUUUAUAUACACAUGUAAAUAUAUUAUAGUUCUGACAAAGCUUUCACUUUCUGAACAUUUGUACUUUGUCAUGACAUUAUUUUGAAUAAAAAUUGAAAAAUAAUUUCA